AUGACAGACUCUAGUACAAAGAAAGGUAUGGGGGCUGAGGGCAGUAAAAUAUCUGGCGGAAAUGGCUCAGAGUGUAGCAUGGGCAUAUUAAAUACAGAGCAUGCUACCGUAGGAAAUGCGAACCAAAAGAGUAUGGUUGGAUCUGAGCUAAUUGACAUUCUGGAUGGUUGUAUGCCAGUAGAGGAGGGAAGAAGGAUAAAGACGUAUAUUAGAAGGAGUCUAUUUCUAUCACUUUUACACCUAUACGAUGAGAUUUUUGUUUCACAUUUUGUAAAAAGAGAGGACUUUAGGAGUUUUAUGGAGAAAGUUAAUCAACAUUACGAUCAAUGCUAUGCACACCAUGAAGACACCGGCGAUGACAAAACGCAGAUUAAAGAUGGCUGUUUAAAGGCAGCCAGUAGCAAUUAUCUAAGAACAAGCGAAAACGAUGGCUUGUUUAAAUUGAAGAAUUAUGAAGCUUCAACCUUUGUUGUUCCCAUGGACCAGUUUAAAACUGCUUUAAUCAAUGACCAUAUCAGAAAGUCGGAUAUUCUGGCAGAUCCAAAGAGAUAUGCUGGUCUUUCCUCACUGAUCGGCUUUCUAAAGUCACUGAGAUGCAGAUUUGAGUCCAGGGAAAUCAGCUUUCUUCUCGAACUUUACGAAUUGUCUUUCUCAAGACAACUUUUGCUUGACUUCUUCUAUUACUUUGAUCUUCUUUACAGACAAGGCAGUUAUUUUUACUAUUUGAACUUUGUUGCGAAGUAUUAG